AUGACGGUGUUGACUGAGAAAAUCUUGUUUUCGAAAACGAGUGCCAAAUCGCUGAGCGAAGUACGGCACUUGAAUCUAUGGGCAUGUGAACUUACUAAUGUGAGUUUAUUGAAAAAGUGCCCGAACCUCGAGGUACUUAGUUUAAGUGUCAAUAACCUUACUACUUUGGAACAACUUUCAGAAUGCAAAAACUUAAUAGGUUUGCCGAAUUUAUUUGACGCAGAACAAGUAAAGCAUCUGACGGCAUUGCGAAAUUUGCAAGUGUUAUGGUUAUGUGAUAAUCCAUGCGCCGAAAAUGAUCGCGAAUAUCGAUACGUGGUCAUACGAUACUUGCCUUGGAUAAAAAAAUUAGAUCAUCACGAUGUGACAGAUGAAGAAGUUUUAGCCUCGAUGAGUUCUACUCCUUUAGACAUGCCAUUAAGACUUCGAAAAAGGUUAACAGUUGAACCAAAACCAAUCGUCAGUCCAACAUCUAAGUCGUUGUCGAUUGAUAGUGUCAGUUUGGUUACGGUGAAUGGUAACUCUCAAGAAUCAAUAGCAACAUCAACAAAAAGCAAUACGACUCGAGGAUUAACAACCAUUACAAACAGCAAAAAUAGUUCUUCACCACCAAUCAAGAACAACGGGAUCAAUGGAGCAAAUAACGGUUUUGCAAAAUCUCCGUUAAUUGGCCUUUCUAAUAAUCACAAUUCGUCAUCAGUAGUAAAUAGACCGAAAUCUCCUGCGAUAACAAGGCGAACACCAUCUCCAGCUCCAGCAGCAUUAGUAAUAAAUGGAAAUGGAGUUUCAUCAUCGAUUAAAGUAAAUGGAACUGUUACAGGGACAAAUAAUAAGACACUCUCUCCCGUUUUAUCACUAAUGACACCAAGUCGUACUCCUUCCCCGAAGAUAUUAUCUCCCGCGCCAAAACGUGUUAGCAAUCUAGAAGCCACAAUUAUGGCUGCAUCUCCGGAAAGUGACACUUCAACAAAAUCUUCAAAUAAUCGUAAUAACAAUAAAAUGGAAAAUGACAAUGAAACCAGACAGUCAAAUGUGCUUACUGCUGUAUUUGCACUAUUGGAUGAUCUUAACGCGGCAGACUUGCAAAAAGUGCAACGAAAAGUACAAUUACUAAUAUUAAAUCGACAUGGAAAAUAA